AUGGCAGCCAGACCCCCACAAACGUGGCCCGCCACCGAGACUCACACGCCCGCGCCGGCCCGGCGGCGCCUCGCGGGAGGCUCCGGACGAGUCGCGGCGGCGGUGCGGCACCUGCGCGGCCCCACCCUGCGCGGCGUCACCGCCACCGCCCGCGCCGAGGCCUGCGCGGGGCCGCGGCUCCGCACAGCCCGGAAACGCCGCCGCCGGGGGCCCGGAGACUCGCCCGGCGGGGCCGGGAGGACCCCACCGGGGCCCCCUCUGGGCCGGUGCGCCCGGCCGCAGGACCCCCGGCCUGCGGGACGCCGCCCCGCCGCGGCCGCCACCCGGCUCGCGGGCCCGGAUCGGCGAGCCCCGGGCACCCCAUCCCCGCCACCCUCAGGCUCUGCCGAGCCAGACCCCCCCCCCCACCCCAUCCUGGCCACCACCGGGCUGCGCCGCCCCGUCUCCGCCAUUCUUGGGUCCCGCCAGCCGCUCGCGCAGGGCCCCCGGGAGCCCCGGACGCUCCGCGCCGGGCGCCGGCAGAGCGCCGAGAACCGGGCCCGGCCGGGCCGCGGGGCGCGCGGGGUCCCGGGCUCGGAGGGCAGCUGCUCACCGAGGCUCCCCGCGAGCCGGCUCCGGGCGGCGCGGGCUCCGAGGCGGCGGCGCCCGACGGCCCCGCUCAGCCAUUGCGGUGGCGCUGCGGCGGGCGGGGGGCGCGCGUCACCGCGGCGGGCGCCCCGAAACGCGUCCCUCCCGCCCGGCGCGGGCUCCGAGACACCCGCCCCGGCCCCCCGGAGGGCUCGACUCGUUCCUGCGAGGAGCAGCUUCCCAGUCCACCCGAAACCAAGAUGCUGGAAAUCGCGAGCGCCGCCGGACGCGCGCGGAGCCCGGCGAGGGGGAGAGGCCCGCCCGCCCGCGCGCCCCGGGGCCACGGCCCGCCCGCAUUACGCACCGCGUUCCGCGCCGGAGGCGGCAGCCCGGGGCGGCGCCGGGCGGCUGCACGUGCGGGCCCCGACCUUUAAUUCCUGGCUUCCCAUCUCCGCCCGGCACGCAGCCGUCCCCGCCCCGCCGGGACCGAGCCGCUUUCCGCGCCGUGCGGGGAGCGAGUCAAGGGGACUGUCCCACGGCAGCCUCCACCUGCGAGAGGGAGCCCUGCUGGCGGUGCCCUCCGCGGUGGCCCAGCGGACCCGAUGCCACCAGCCUCUGGCACGCGUAGGUCUUGACCCGGGCAUCUGGCUCCCGCUGCUUCCUGCUCUGGCGUCUCGGAGGUGGCACAGUUCCGUCACAUCUGGCCAGCAGGACGCAGCAUGGUUGGUGCCAUUUCUUCUGGACUACAUGAUGACGCAGAACAGAGUUCAGGGACUGCUGGAUCAAGAAUACAACGACAUCAGUCACCUGCAGCCACCUCUGAUGACACUCGGGGUCACCCCUGUCCUCACCCCACCUCUGAUGAUGUCCGGGGUCACCCCGGUCCCUGCCACCAUCAACAUCUGUUCCCCUCCCAGGCGGGGGAGGGAGCAGCACGGGGUGGAUGAGCAGACCCAGGCUCUGCACGCCGGGCAGAGCGCAGCUCCCUUCAACCUGCGGAGCUCACGGUGUCAGCCCGACUCUCACCACCUCCGGUCCAGGCAGCCGCGUGGCCGUCGGAAGGCCCACGUCUCAGUCCGUCGUCCCGGCUGCCCUGCCUUCCCAGGAGCCAGAAAGCGGCAGCCGCGUUGCUUUGGGCAGGGAGUGGACACUGGACCUCUGCCCCCGUGGAACCUCCGGCGGGUUCCCAGAGUGAUGGAGCCAGCGAGGUUCAGCCCUGUGAGCUAUGCCAGCCCUGCAUCAGCCCCGUCAGCCCUGUGGCAGCCCCGUGUCAGCCCCAUGCGAGAGCUAUGCCAGCCCUGCGUCAGCCCCGUGUCAGCCCUGCCCAGCCCGGUGUCAGCCCAGCUGCAGCCCCAUGUCAGCCCUGUGUUAACCCUGUGUCAGCCCCGUGUCAGCCCUGUGUCAGCCCUGCGUCAGCCCCGUGCCAGCCCAGUGUCAGCCCUGCUCCAGCCCUGUGUCAGCCCCGUGUCAGCCCCGUGUCAGCCCUAUGUCAGCCCCAUGUCAGUCCUGCUCCAGCCCUGCUCCAGCCCUGUGUCAGCCCUGUGCCAGCCCUGCUCCAGCCCUGUGUCAUCCCUGCUCCAGCCCUGCUCCAGCCCUGUGUCAGCCCUGUGCCAGCCCUGCCCCAGCCCUGUGUCUGCCUCAUGUCAGUCCCAUGUCAGCCCUGCUCCAGCCCUGUGUCAGCCCUGUGCCAGCCCUGUGUCCACCUCGUGUCAGCCCCAUGUCAGCCCUGCUCCAGCCCUGUGUCAGCCCUGCCCAGCCCCGUGUCAGCCUGGCUGCAGCCCUGUGUCAGCCCCGUGUCAGUCCUGCUCCAGCCCUGUGUCAGCCCUGUGUCAGCCCUGCUCCAGCCCUGUGUCAGCCCUGUGUCAGCCUUGCUCCAGCCCUGCUUCAGCCCCAUGUCAGCCCUCUCAGCCCCAUGUCAGCCCUGUGUCAGACCUGCUCCAGCCCUGUGCCAGCAAUGUGUCAGCCCUGUGCCAGCAAUGUGUCAGCCCUGCUCCAGCCCUGUGUCAGCCACGUGUCAACCCUGUGCCAGCCCUGUGUCAGCCCUGUGCCAGCCCCGUGCCAGCCCCGUGUCAGCACCGUGUCAGCCCUGUGUCAGCCCUGUGUCAGCCCCGUGCCAGCCCUGUGUCAGCCCUGCUCCAGCCCUGUGUCAACCCUCCCUAUGUCAGCCCUGUGUCAGCCCUGCUCCAGCCCUAUGUCAGCCCUGUGUCAGCCCUGUGUGCCCUGUGCCAGCCCUGUGUCAGCCUUGCUCCAGCCCUGCUCCAGCCCCAUGUCAGCCCUCUCAGCCCCGUGUCAGCCCUGUGUCAGACCUGCUCCAGCCCUGUGCCAGCCAUGUGUCAGCCCUGCUCCAGCCCCGUGUCAGCCCUGCUCCAGCCCUGUGUCAGCCCCGUGUCAACCCUGUGCCAGCCCUGUGUCAGCCCUGUGCCAGCCCUGCUCCAGCCCUGUGUCAGCCCCGUGUCAUCCCUGUGCCAGCCCUGUGCCAGCCCCGUGUCAGCCCCGUGUCAGCCCCGUGCCAGCCCCAUGUCAGCCCUGCUCCAGCCCUGUGUCAGCCCUGUGUCAGCCCUGCUCCAGCCCUGUGUCAUCCCUGCUCCAGCCCUGCUCCAGCCCUGUGUCUGCCCUGUGCCAGCCCUGCUCCAGCCCUGUGUCUGCCUUGUGUCAGCCCCAUGUCAGCCCUGCUCCAGCCCUGUGUCAGCCCUGUGUCACAAUCCUUGCAAUUACAGCACCUCAAGAAAUUAG